GAGAGAGUGAACGACAAAAGAUAGCAAAGAGUUACUAUUAUGCAUUUCACAGAAAUUUUAAAUCAGUAGUAGAGUUUUAUAAUUCUUUAUCAUGAAUCACAUAUUUCCUUCCUGAGAGUUAUGAAAGGGAAAAUGUCUCCCUGCAUUAAGUCUCACAUUUAAACUGUGUAUUGCUCUGAAUGCCGGAAGAUGAGUCGUCUAAAGAAUCUAAGUCGAGUCGUCAGUCCCUUGUCCUGGACAUGCUUGCUGGUGGCACAGCAUCUGCAAUUUCAAAAACCAUAGUGGCGCCUAUGGAACGAGUUAAACUGCUGUUACAAGUGCAGACCAAAUUGAAGAAAAUUGAAAACAAGGCCAAUUACAGAGGUGUAGUGGAUUGCUUCGUUAGAAUCUUCAAGGAAGAAGGCUUUCUCAGUUAUUGGCGAGGAAACCUUGCUAACAUCAUACGAGUUGUUCCCUUACAGGCCUUGAAUUUUUCACUCAAAGACAGAUACAAGGAAAUAUUUCUUAAAGAUGAACGUAACGCAAGUUUUUGGAGACUUUUUCUUGGAAAUUUGGCAUCUGGUGGAGCAGCGAGUGCAACAUCUCUUACCGUUGUAUACCCACUGGAUUUUGCUCGAACAAGACUGGCCGCAGACACUGGCAGGACUUCCGUUGAUAGACAGUUCCGUGGUAUGACAGACUGCUUGGUGAAAACAUUCAAGUCAGAUGGUAUUGUUGGGCUCUACAGAGGUUUUUGGAUAUCCUUACCUGGUGUCAUCAUCUAUAGAGCAGUUGCACUUGGAGGUUUCGACACAAUAAAGGCACUACUACCUCAAUCAAAACAAGAUUCUAUGGGUACAUCAUUGUGUAUUGCUUUGGGAGUAAUGUCGAUUGCUACCGCAAUGUCGCACCCUUUCGACACGGUACGCCGUCGGAUGAUGAUGCAAUCUGGACGGAAGAGCAGCGACGUCAUGUACAAGAACGCUCUCCAAUGUUGGGCUAAGGUCUACAGAUUGGAGGGAGCCCGCGCUUUCUUCAGAGGCGCACUUCCCAACGUCCUACGGGGCAUUGGGGGUGCCAUAACCAUUGUACUGUAUGAUGAAUUCAAGAAACGUUCUUACGGAAACCUUAGCAGACGCGUGCCCUCUUGACGCCACGACAAAAUGAAGAGACCACGAGCACAGUCCCGGUAUCCCGGUAUAUCAGAGCUACGGCGAACGACCCAGUAGCAUCAACACUUGGGUUUGAGCGACUGAGUUAUGAGAACAGAAAUUCAUCCAUUCAUCUUCUUUUUAUACAAGUUUAUGUUUAUUUCUAGUUGUGCAUAGUUUACCUUAUUGCUUCAUGUGUAAACAAGUGCCAGGACCGACGCUGAACGCAUAUGUCUUUCACCCAUCAUGUUGUAGUUUUUUCGGGGCUAGAACACCGAAUGUGUACAGUAUACAGGGUAUCAACUUUUAAUUUCUGAACUAAUAAAGCCGGAAACUUUCCAAGUGGUUGCUACCUUCGUACCUUUGCUAAAUCGUUCUUCUAAUACUUGAGUGCUAAGGAAGUUCAGAACCCACUGGGACAUAAUAACAAUUGCAAAGAUUUAGUUUUUCAAUUGUCCUUUCAGUGUGAAAGGAAUCAAAUAUCACAACACUAAUGAAAUAAUUUCAUAUACAACAACCAAUGUA